ACAUGGGUAGGCAGACCGUUCCAUAAAAAUGGAGCUCUAUAGGAGAAAGCCCUGCCUCCAGCUGUUUGUUUAGAAAUUCUAGGGACAAUUAGGAGGCCUGCGCCUUGUGACCAUAGCGUACGUGUAGGUAUGUACGGCAGGACCAAAUCAGAGAGAUUGGUAGGAGCAAGCCCAUGUAAUGCUUUGUAGGUUAGCAGUAAAACCUUAAUCAGCCCUUGAUUUGACAGGAAGCCAGUGAAGGGAGGCUAGCACUGGAGUAAUAUGAUAAAAAAAUGUGGUUCUAGUCAGGAUUCUUGCAGCCGUAUUUACCACUAACUGAAGUUUAUUUAGUGCUUUAUACAGGUAGCCGGAAAGUAGAGCAUUGCAGUAGUCUAACCUAGAAGUGACAAAAGCAUGGAUUAAUUUUUCUGCAUCAUUUUUGGCCAGAAAGUUUCUGAUUUUUGCAAUGUUACGUAGAUGGAAAAAAGCUGUCAUUGAAAUGGUCUUAUCCCAGUCUGCUGUUCCCAGAUGCUUCAAGAGGGCCACCAUUGUUCCUGUUCCCAAGAAAGCUAAGGUAACUGAGCUAAAUGACUACCGCCCCGUAGCACUCACUUCCGUCAUCAUGAAGUGAUUUGAGGGACUAGUCAAGGACCAUAUCACCUCCACCCUACCUGACACCCUAGACCCACUCCAAUUUGCUUACUGCCCCAAUAGCUCUACAGAUGACGCAAUCGCAACCACACUGCACACUGCCCUAACCCAUCUGGACAAGAGGAAUACCUACGUGAGAAUGCUGUUCAUCGACUACAACUUAGCAUUUAACACCAUAAUACCCUCCAAACUCAUCAUCAAGCUCGAGACCCGGGGUCUCGCCCCAGCCCUGUGCGACUGGGUACGGGAAAUCCUACAAUGUGAUUUUCUGGAUUUUUUCUCUCUCAUUUUGUCUGUCAUAGUUGAAGUGUACCUAUGAUGAAAAUUACAGGCCUCUCUCAUCUUUUUAAGUAGGAGAACUUGCACAAUUGGUGGCUGACUAAAUACUUUUUUGCCCCACUGUAUAUACUGUACUUGAUACCAUCUACUGCAUCUUGCCUAUGCCGUUCUGUACCAUCACUCAUUCAUAUAUCUUUAUGUACAUAUUCUUCAUCCCUUUACACUUGUGUGUAUAAGGUAGUUGUUGCGAAAUUGUUAGGUUAGAUUACUCGUUGGUUAUUUCUGCAUUGUCGGAUCUGGAAGCCCAAGCAUUUCGCUACACACGCAUUAACAUCUGCUAACCAUGUGUAUGUGACAAGUACAAUUUGAUUUGAGGGCGUGAACAAUGUUGAAUGGGUGUAGACAAAGGAGAGCUCUCUAGUAGGUACCGAAACAAGUCCCUUUUCUCAAAAGUGAGUUUACAAGUGUAUCAACUUUCAAAGCAGAAUUACUUUCCCAUUGUUCCUCCAACAUGCUGCGAAUGAUACACCAUUUGUAGCUCUCUACUUUUGUAGAUGUAAAAAUGCAAUGUAAAAAAAACAGAAAUUCAAAUGUUGCUACAUAAGACUGAAUCCAGGUGGUGAGUCACAUAUAGUGAUUUGUUUAACACUUUUCUUUGGUUACUACGUGUGGUUACUACGUUACUAUGUGUUAUUUCACCGUUUUUAUGUGCACACUAUUAAUCUACAAUGUAGAAAUAGUGAAAAUAAAGACAAAACCCUUGAGUGGUACUGUAUGUGUGUGAGUUUGCGUAAGGUGCAGAGUCAGUGCUCUAGCGGUUAGUCCCGGUUACAGUGGAACGGAAUACCAUAGCUAUCUAUGGUAGAAAAAGUACAAAACAAUGUGAAGAGUUCGUAUAAAGGUCAGUGAGUUGUUUGACUUGCUGGCAAUCCUCCACUGUCAUCAAAUCGGCCAGUAAAAGUGUGUGUGAGGAAUUUCCCAUACGUACAGUAUAUUAGCUAGACAUUGGUCAAUACAAGGAAGUAAUGCUGGUUUAAUUGUCUCCUACGCUCAUGCCUUACCUACAUGCCUUAUUAUACUGUCCUUUAUUUGAUGCUGUAAGUACAUGGAGGAGUCUUGGAGCCCUUGAAGAGACGAUGAGUUGGUUUAUUGUCAGAGACAGGAAAACCACGCUGUCUAACCGGGUUUGUUCCAGGCUGUUGACCCAAAAAGCAGCCUUCGCCUCUGAAGCCUCAGACUGUCUGACAGAUAAAGCCCCUUGCGCUGCAACGUUUUCAUCCCCCCCAGACUGCACUGAGAUGAUGUGACAGAUCUUGCUCCCUGUGCCUUCGAGUGACUGUACCCACCGCCGAGGCUACCAUGCAGGAGUGCCAUACUGCAUUGUGUCUGUCUGUCUACCUUGUCACCUUUUUGACGGGCCUCCCAGCCAACGCUGUGGCCUUCUACACUUUCAGCAAGAAGGUAAGGCAAAAACCCACGCCCAUCGACAUCCUGCUCCUCAACCUGACCAUCUCGGACCUCCUCUUCCUGCUCUUCCUGCCCUUCAAGAUGCAGGAAGUCACGAACGAUAUGACCUGGAGUCUACCCUACAUCCUCUGUCCUUUAUCUGGCUUCUUCUUCUACAUGACUAUCUACGUCAGCACCUUAUUCCUGACAGCGGUCAGUGUGGAGCGCUACCUGGGCGUGGCCUUCCCCAUCCAACACUCGCUGAAGCGCCGGCCCCUGUAUGCCGUGGUGGCCAGUGUAUUUAUCUGGGUCUUCUCCGUCCUCCACCUGAGCAUCGUCGUCAUCAUGCCCUACUACAACCCACCGCAAGACUCCCUCAGUUCCACAACCAACUCUUCCAACAGCUAUGAAUUCUCCAACGUCUCCAACGUGCUCAUUAGUGACGGCGACAACAUUGUGUCUUCCAGGAAUGUGUGCUAUGAGGACUUCAGCGAGAAGCAACUGGCGAUCCUCCUGCCUGUGCGUCUGGAGCUCUGCCUGGUUCUAUUCUGUGUACCUUUCCUCAUCUGCAGCUUCUGCUACAUCAACUUCAUCCGCAUACUCUCUGGCCUGCCCCACAUCGGUCGUCGCAGACGCCUCCGUGCUAUCGGCCUGGCUCUGGGGACACUGCUGGUGUUUGCCUUCUGCUUCGGCCCCUACAACGUCUCCCACAUUGUGGGCUUUAUAACCAGGAAGAACCCAGACUGGAGAGACAUGACCUUGCUCUGCAGCACCUUCAACGCCUGCUUGGACCCCUUCAUCUUCUACUUCUCCUCCUCAGCUGUCAGAGGGACCCUAGGCAGUAUGUUGCAGGGGGCCAGAAUCAGGCUGGCCAAGUGUAUGUUCUGUGGCUGUCACAUCCACUGGUCCCCUUGGAAUGGAACGAGCGAGCGAGCCUCAGAAAGAUAAGGGACCCAAACAAGUAGAGAUGAAUGCUAUCUGAAGUUGAUUGAAUAAGGCCUGUAUUAACUGAAAUGAGAUGUUGUGCUCCUCAUGUCUCGUGGCAGGAUAUGAGUGCUCUGAUGUUUAUGUUUUCACAUUUUACUGUAUCUGUGUCUCUGUUUGAUCAUUGGUGGGCAAACUUCCUACUUAGAGUAGAGAUAGGAUAUGGUAGACACGGAGCCUGCCUUCCUCCUGAGAGACACAAAACAAGGGCUCACAUUAGGGAGUUACUGCCUAGCUGCAGUUAGCUGGAAUCAAGUACAGUCAUUGCCAAUUAUAUAUUAUAAGUACACACCUACUGUGACAGUGCGUGAAAUAUUUUUGAGAAUACAUUUGUUGUAUUGGGUUGCCUGACAAGAUUGGCAAACAGAAGAGAAAAUGAUCAUUGAUUAUAAUUGUAUUUCACAAGGUUGAAGCCCAUUUACACAACUGGGAGUGGUUAUGGUGAACCGUAGAGAACAACAGCUCUAACAUCUGAGAGACACAUCAGAACAACAUCUCUCAGCACUGAAAGAUAAGCACCUCAAACAAGUAUCACAGUCGUAUCGCUGAAAAGGAACAAUGAAUUUGAGCACUGAGCGGAGUUGGUGUGUGUGUGU